GUUUUUGAUACCGCUGGCACGCCUAGCGCCACCGCAUUAUAUCUAUCAUUAUCAUCAUCAGUGUUCAUGUCCAUCGCCUGCGAGUAGCAGGCUCCUGUCGUCCGCACGCGCGCACGCUCGGCUCCAUAAUCCUCACCGGCGACCGCGCAGCUCCCGAUCUGCUCCGUCGUCCCCAUGUCGCCGGUGAGGAUCGUCGAGUCGGCCUAUGUCGGCGUGCCGGAGACCGCCGCGCCGCCGCCGGGGCCGAUCAGGUUCACCGCGAUGGAGGCGCUCUGGGUCGUCUUCCCGGUGCUGCAGCACGUCCUGCUCUACGAGGCCGGCGACGACAUGCCGCCCUUCGACGCCAUUCUCCAGUCCCUCCGCUCCUCCCUCGCGGCCACUCUGGGCAGCUUCGCGCCGCUCGCCGGCAAGCUGGUCCACCUCGAGGAGACGGGGGACGUCGGCAUCAGCUGCUCCGCCUCCGACGGCGUCAGGUUCGUCGUCGCCGAGUGCGACGCCGACAUCCGCCGCCUGGCCGGCGACGAGGAGCACGACCUGCGCGUGCUCGAGGCGCUCGUGCCGGAGGUGGACAUGGACCGGCUGCCGACCGCCGUGCUGGCCGUGCAGGCCACCCGUUUCGAGGGCGGCGUGGCGGUCGGGCUGACGGUGCACCACGGCGCCGCCGACGGGCGGGCGCUGUGGACGUUCGUUGACGCGUGGGCGACGGCGUGCCGGGGCGAGACGCCGGCCGCCACGCCGUGCUUCGACCGCUCGCUCGUCAAGAUGCCCGCCGGCGACGAGCUGGCCAGUGAUGUUCUGCGGAAGUUCGCUCCCAAUUUGCCCUCGGUGGCACUAGCAUCAUCGGUCUUCGAAGACCGAAAGCGGCUCACUCGCCGAACGUUCACCUUGGACGAAGGAGACAUCCAACGCCUGAAGCAGCGCAUUGUCCACCUCAAUGAGUCGGGCGGCACGCCCCUGCCUCGCCCGCCGUCUGCUUUCGCGGCCGUCGUCGCGCUUGCAUGGACGUGCUUCGCCCGGUGCAAGUCCUUCUCCUUGGACGACGACGUGUGGCUCUUCUUCUUCGCCGACAUCCGCGAGCGCCUUGACCCUCCCGUCGGCACGGGGUACAUCGGCUCAUGCCUCACCAAGUGCUUGGCAAGGCUCCCCGCCCGGGAGCUUCAUGGCGAGCGCGCCCUGGCGGUUGCGGCGUCGGCGGUCCAGGACGAGAUCAACAAGAUGAAAGAAGACCCUAUCGCUGGGUGGAAUUUCUUCUCAUUCGAUCCCAUGCCUUCCAUAGACCGGCUGAUGAACAUAUCAGGCUCGUCGGGCUUCAGUGCAUACCAGAUCGCCGACUUUGGGUGGGGGAAGCCAAGGCGAACAGAGCCGAUUAGGAUGAACACGGACGGUCAGGUGGCACUGAUGGGCAGCAGGGACGGCCGGGGUGUGCAGGUCUCAGUGGCACUGCUCCAAGCGGCACAAAUGGACGAGUUCAAAUCUAACUUUCUGGCGCUACUUGAGUGACAAUUUUUUGUUCUCAAAGAGACCUACUUAGGUCAAUUCAAAACAGUACACACAAAUGUUUUAUAAAGAUUAUUUAUACAUUAUAAUUGAAUUGUUUAUUUAACUAAGAGAUCCUUAUUUUGAA